AUGUGGAGGGUAAAAAGCGAUCUCCUGGUUCGUUGCGCCUUUGGUGCCACGCAUAUCGACAAACCUUUCAUCGGUACUCAAGGUUUCUACCUUGCCACAGAAGUCUCCCAUGAUGAGGGCACGUUCGAGCUUAGAGAUAAAUACCUCGUCGUGUACUUGAAAAACAUUCUUUCCAUCUUGCACGUCGAACGAGCCUGUGGCAGCAGAGGUCUGGAAGACAUUCGAGAUCUGCAUAGUGUGGCGACGACGACCAUCAUGGCUCGCUUCAUCUUCGUCCUGCUAAUCGUCGUGAUUUUCUGUGGCAGCGGGACGAACUUUGACGUGGAUGCUCUCGCCUCCAUAAUGGACGGCAUAGGCGGUCUUUUACCGGAGUUUAACGCUAAUUCGUUGCCAUCGUCUUUAGCGACGACGAAUAGAAACGACCCAUGCUUGUCGGUGGCUCAGCUGGCCGACUGGCACUCGUCCAUGGCACGCACGUACAAGAUGAACCCUAGACUGAGACGCGAAUUCAUGAAACAAAUGGACAUAUUAAGACAGGUAUUUUUGCUUGUGCCUGGAGAUUACUAA